AACACGCGGUCUUCUUGCAGUUGAUAAAACCGAUUUAAUUCGAGAAGAUUGACCGAGAGAAAGUUUAGUUGUAGUUCUUUUUCUGUUGUAACAUUUUCGUUGAGAAUGUCUGAGGAAUUUUUAAUUCAUGGGCCCAACAGAUUGAUUCCAAUACCAGAAAUUUCAAUUGGUAAAAGAAUUUAUGACAGUUUAAAAGAAGCGGGACCAGAGGAAGUUGCAUAUAUCGACGUUAAAACGGAACGUUUUUUAACUCACAACAAUUUCUUAAAAUUAACAUGUCGCCUUGCAAGAGCUCUACAAAAUUGUGGUUACAAAUCCAACGAUGUCAUCUCAAUUUCCGGUGAAAAUAAUAAUUACUUCUUCGUGCCGGUUGUUGCUGGGUUCUAUUUAGGGAUGAUAAGCGCACCAUUAAAUCAUAAUUACACCGAGAGAGAAUUAUUACAUUCAGCUGGUAUAGCAAAACCGAAAAUUAUAUUUUGUUCCAAAACAAAAUUAAAAACAUACCUGGAUUUACAACGAAAGGUUGAUUAUAUUGAAAGAAUCAUUAUUAUGGACCCAAUGGAUAAAACGAGUGGUUUCGAUACCAUUGAGGAUUUUAUCGAAAAGCAUUGCGAAAAAAAUUUUAAAGAAGAUGAUCUUAAAAUCACUGAGGUUAAUAUUUUUGAGCAUUUAGCUUGUAUUUUGUAUUCUUCGGGAACAACUGGAUUUCCAAAAGGAGUUAUGACAACGCACGAUAAUAUUGCGAUGAGAAUGAGUCAUUUUAGAGAUCCAAGAAUUCAUGCAGCUGGUCCAGAAACUAUUAUGGGAUGUUUACCAUUCUUUCACGGAUAUGGUUUUAUGACCAACGUUACAGGUUUGGCUAAAAAAAACAAAAUAGUUGUAAUGCAACGUUUUGAAGAGGCAAAAUUUUUAAAAGCCAUCGAAAAGUUUAAAAUCAACAACAUCUCGAUUGUUCCACCAAUUAUGAACUUUUUGGUUAAAAAUCCUAUGGUUGAUAAUUACGAUUUAACAAGCCUCCAUGAAAUUACUUGCGGAGCCGCACCUUUAAGUCAUGAAUUAGAACAAACAGCAGAUAAAAAAUUCUCCUUCGUUUCUAACCUUCGUCAAGCUUACGGGUUAACAGAAGCAACGUUAGCUAUAACAAUGAUGCCAUCGAAUGAACGAAGAAGUGGUUCAUCAGGAAAAGUCGUCCCUGAAAUGACCGUAAAAAUAUGUGACCCAGAAACAAGAAAAAGUUUAGGUCCAAAUCAAAUCGGCGAAAUUUGCGUUAAAGGAAGAAUGGUAACCAAAGGUUAUUACGGAGAUGAAAAAGCAACAAAGACUUGUUUCACCGACGAUGGGUGGCUUCUCACAGGCGAUUUAGCCUAUUACGAUAAAGAUGGCUACUUUUACGUCGUCGAUCGAUUAAAAGAAUUGAUCAAAUACAAGGCUUUUCAAGUAGCUCCAGCCGAAUUAGAAGCCAUUUUGAUUGCAAACCCUAGGAUUAAAGACGCGGGAGUUGUUGGAAAACCCGACGACGAAGCUGGAGAAGUUGCCACUGCUUUUAUUGUUAAAGCUGAUCAAAGUUUAACAGAAGACGAAGUCAAAAAGGUUAUAUCAGAUCAAUUAUCUAAACCAAAACAUCUUCAUGGUGGAGUUUAUUUUGUCAAUGAAAUUCCUAAAAAUCCAAGUGGAAAAAUAUUAAGGAGGCAAUUACGUGAUUUAUUGGUGAAACAAAAAAGUAAAUUGUAAAAAGCAUGAUUUUAGCUGUAAAUAAAGAGAUUUAAUGAAA